UUUGUGAUUUUCAUGCGUAUAAACAAUAAAUUAGUACAGUUAUAUCUCUUUCAGCAAAUUUUAUUUUUUAAUAUAAAAUAUAAAUAAAAUAUACAAGAUGAAAACCGAAAUGUAUAAUGAGAUAACAACAACAAUUCGUAAUUUUCGAGGGUUGUCGAAAGAUUGUGCCAAGAUGUUGAAGGAAAAAUAUAUUGACAUCCAUCCUAACACACUGUACAGCAUUUUAUCUUUGGAAGUGCAACAAAAAAUGAAAGUCAAUCAUAUCAAAUUAUUUGGAAAUAAUAAAAGUUAUUACGAGAGCUACUUGGAGGCUGUACAGAAUGGGGAACCAACAGGUGUUUUGUUGAGGAUAGCGAAAGAUAUUGACGCUGCACCUGCCUUAUUAGCACGUAACGUCUUGGAGAAAUAUUGCAUAUGUAACAAUGCAAAUGUUUCGAAAACCUUAAUUACCAAGCUGUUCAAGGACACUACGCUCAUUGAAGAUAAAGAUCUCGCCUAUGAAAUUUACUUGUGUAUAUUAUAUGAUGACUUAUAUGGUCCUAUAGCUGAUGCAAUGGGAAAUUGCAUAGGACAAGAAUAUGAAAUAAAACUUCAAGAUUGUUUAAUACAGAGAAACAUUGCAUUCCGUAAUGAAGAACACUUACGAUUACGAGGAUAUGAUAAGACUCCAGACAUCAAACUGGAAGUUCCAAUUGCAGUGAAUGGCUAUGUAAUAAAUUGGAUUGAAUCCAAGGCACGAUUUGGUAACAUGGAAGUUCAUCAAAAAUAUAUAAAGGAACAAUUCUUAAGUUAUUGGAAUAGAUUCGGAUCUGGACUUGUUAUUUAUUGGUUUGGAUUUCUUGAGAGUCUGAACAAAUCGACUGAAAAAAGUUUAUAAUAAUGGAUCACUUUCCCGAAAAUAUUACAUACAUGGAUCCGGCUUGUAUAAAGCCUGCAAAUAGUACAUAAUAUUAUAUAAUCGUAUUUAUCAUAGUUAUUUUUAAAACGACAUAAUUUGUAAAUACAAAUUUUUUGACGAGAUGUCUACCAUGAAUUAACAUUCUAUUCUAUUUCUGACUUUUGUUAAACAGAUCAAAAUAUUGUUUUAUAUGUUGAUUAUAUAAUCACACUUAUUAUGAUUAAAAUAUUCAGUUUUCUUAUUGUUAAACUUUCUUUUUACGUUUGUCAGAUAUUGUAUAGAUGAAUAAAUAAAUCAAACUACAAAAUCAAA